AUGUCCAACGUCGCUGACAAGGCCCGGUUCUUCCUCGAGCGGUCUGUCCCCCAACUCCGCGAAUGGGAGGAAAAGGAAAUCUUCUCCAAGAGCCCCGAGACAUGCCUUACUGACACACAAUCUCCCUCUCUCGAACAGGAAGAGAUCCGCACCAUAGUCCAGAAGCGAAAUGAUUUCGAGCAUCGAAUCCUAGCCCAGGGCAGCCAACCCGCCGACUUCUCCCAAUACGCAAAAUGGGAGCAAUCCCUCGACGCCCUCCGCAUCAAGCGCUGCAUACGCCUCAAGCUCCGCAACCUCACGUCCGCCCACGCCAGCCAAUCGCGCAUCCUACAAAUCUACGACCGUGGCGUCGAGAGGCACAAGUUCUCCCGUGAACUAUGGCUCGAGUACCUAGACUACAUGGCCAAGGUCAAGGCCUCCAAGAGGUGGAGGAGGGUCAUGACGAAGAUGCUGAGGCUAAUGCCCUCGGACGCUGCGCUCUGGGUGCUCGCGGCUAGGAGAUCCGCGGGCCACGGCGAUAUGGCGACCGCUAGGAGUUUGUUCAUGAGGGGUUGCAAGUUUUGCGUCGCGGACGGGACGGUGUGGGUCGAGUAUGCGCGGUGCGAGAUGGAGUGGCUACAGAAAAUGGAUGAGAAGAGGAAAAAGACUGGGAAGAAAGCCAAGGAUGUUAUCAAGGAGAGCCAGGUCGAAGACGAAGACGAGCUGCGCCUUGGUGGAAGUGACAGUGAGGACGACGGAGUCGACGAAGACGGCGUUAUUACUCGGGAUCCCGACGUCCUUAACACGAAACCGAAGAAGGUGUUCAAUGCCGAGACAAAAGAAACGCUUAAUAACCCCGCGCUAGAUGGCGCCAUCCCCAUAGCCAUCUUCGACGUCAGCAGGAAGCAGGCCUUCUUUUCACCGACAGUGGCGGAAGAGUUUUUCACCAUGUUUUCCGACUUCGUCUACACAGUCGUUGCCGGGCCCAAGGUCCUUCAGAACGCCAUGGAUGCUAUGCUGGAGAGCUAUCCCACUUCGGCGGAGACCUGUUUCUGCUAUAUCCAGCAACCCGUUGCGGGCGUGUCGCCAUAUACUGCCGAUUUCCCCCGUGGCCUGCGCACGGUAUUUGCGAGGUUAAACGAAGGGGUGGAUCGUACGGAGGAUAAGGCUGCUCUUCAGGCCAAACUGGUUUCCUGGAUAGACGCGCUGUUGCGAAUGGAAGGCUUGGAUUCUGCGAUUGUCACAGUAUUAGAGCAUAUGAAGGGUCUCUUGACCAGAUAUACCCUGAUCCGAAGGGAGGGGGAGAUCAUACUGAGAAAGUCGACCGCCCAACACGCGCUAGACACUUGGAUGACACCCGGGGGUAGUUUGUGGCUCCGUGACGACCUUCCGAAAAAACUGCCUGAAUCCCGAAUCUUUAUGUACGAGUAUGAUUCCGCAGUAGUCUCCGGCGAUGACAAGAGUACCUUUAUCGACAAGGCAAAUGACUUCUUAGAGAGACUAAGAGUCAAGAGAAUCAAGGACCCCCAUAGGCCACUGAUACUAUUGGGCCAUAGUUUUGGGGGGCUUCUCAUCAAACAGGCCUUAAUCAACGCCUUUAAUAACCGGAAAUAUCAGGAUAUUAAGAGAGCAGCAAGGGCGCUUGCAUUUUUUGCUGUGCCUCAUCACGGCGAAGAUGGAACCCUCAUAAGCAUUGGAAGGAAGAUUGCUCGUACUCUGGACUUCCAGAAGGGUGGCAGCCUCUUAGCUACGCUGCGUGAUGGCGGGAUAUUCAGCGACGUCAUGCGAGAACACUGGAAGCAUAGGCUCCUAGACUUUCAUAUCGUGUCUUUCUGGGGUACUCGCGAUAAGAUUGUGUCAAAAGCAAGCGCAACAUUUGGGCUGCCAGGGGAUAGGGAGAACUUGGUUAGCCUGCAGGCGGACCACUCCAGGAUCUGUAAAUUUGGGUCCGGCAACGAGGAUCAGGACAAUUUGGAGCUUGUUCUGGCGAAUAUUCAAGACCUCUAUGAAGCGGUCCUUGAAGAGGCUGAGAAACAGGGUGAGACGGGGGAUGAGAAAGAGUAUAGAAACACGCUUUAUAACCCUGCGAGGUUCUACUUGAGGGAUAUCGUACUGCUCAAUGGUGAGCGUAGAGCGUUCAUCGGAAUGGGCGAUUUCAUCGCCGUGUUCGACAAAGCGAAGAAGUUGCACGACCGAUUUGCCAAUGCACCGGCUCACUUCAAAGCCAUAUCGAAUGAGGUGUCGAGUCUUACUGGCGUUCUCAAAAACGUUGAACCCUUUCUGUCAGAGCGCGAUAUGGCCGGGUGGCAAGAGGAACAGCUAAAAAAGCUCCUUGUGGAAUGCCACAACGUUGUCACCGAUGUUGGAAUCUUGGUGAAUGAGAAUUACUACCUCGAGCCUUCGAAUGCCCACGGAAUGCGUGGGAAGGCUCGAAGGACCUGGAAGAGAUUGACGUUGGAGCCGAAGGACAUACAAGACCUUCGCUCACGGAUGAACUGGAAUGUGACAUGUCUGAACGCCUUUACUCAAACACUGACAAGCAAGGCCGUCAUGGACACCCAUGCGUCGGUUAAGAUACUGCGCGAGCGCCAAGACAACCGCGAGCAAAGCGAAGAGCAUAUGCUGGUCCACAACUGGCUUUGCACUAUUGACUAUGGCUCCCAACAGAGCGAUUACAUCAAAAGGAGGGGCCUAAAAACGGGCGAAUGGCUUCUGGACUCUCAAGAAUUUCGAACGUGGCUUGGGACGGAUAAACAGACACUCUUCUGCCCGGGAAUUCCUGGCGCGGGAAAGACGAUUCUUACUGCAAUCGUUGUCGAGCACAUCAUCGGCAAGUUUGGUCAAGAUCCAAACGUUGGAAUUGCCCAUAUUUAUUGCAACUUUCGGGAGAGAGAGAAUCAACAACUUGACAACCUGCUCGCCAGCCUUCUUCUGCAGCUUAGCAGGACAAAACCGUCCACGCCGAGGGUUGUAGCGGAGCUUUAUGAGCGGCAUAACCCCCGUCAGACACGGCCAUCCACGGAUGAACUCUCAAAGGCCCUUGAAUCUGUCGCUGUUUCGUACACGAGGGUUUUCAUUAUCGUUGACGCCCUUGACGAGUGCCAGACGGAUAAGCGAUGCCGAGACAAGUUCCUCUCUGAAAUGUUUGCUAUCCAGGAGAAAUGCAAUAUAAGCUUCUUCAUGACAGCAAGGUUCAUUCCAGACAUCACGAGCAAGUUUGACGGGAAGACGUGGUUAGAAAUUCGAACAACUCGGGAAGACAUAGAGCGGUAUCUGGACAGUCGUAUGGGAAACCUGGAUUCGUUCGGCGACUGGGACCAGGAUCUACGGGAGGAGAUCAAGAAGGCAAUAUCACAGGCUGUGGAUGGAAUGUUUCUCUUGGCGAAGCUUUACCUCGACGCGCUGGACGAUACAACUUCGGUGUGGGAGGUUAGAAAAGCGCUAAGGCAGUUUGAGGUGCAAACUCCAGGAUCAAAGGAAGCCGAGCAGCAGAAAGUAUUGGAUGGGGCAUAUGACGAGGCCAUGAGAAGGAUCACGGGCCAGAAGCCAUGCUUUCGAAGGCUCGCGGAGAAAGUUCUAUACUGGAUAAUCUGCGGCCGAAGACCCCUGACAACAUCAGAAAUCCAGACUGCUCUUGCGAUAGACGUCGGAGACAUCGAGCUUAACGAAGAGAAAAUGACGUCGGUCAACCGAAUGGUUUCAGUAUGUGCUGGAUUGGUCACAGUUGACGAGGAGUGCCAUAUCAUCCGCCUAGUGCACUACACAACACAAGAGUACUUCCAGCGAACUCAAGCACGAUGGUUUCCGACUGCUGAGGCAGAUAUUACGACAAUCUGUACCACUUACCUCUCAUUUGAUAUCUUUGAGAGCGGACCUUCUCGGACGGAUAAGAAUUUUAAGAAGCGGCUACAUUCGAACCGGCUCUACGACUACGCUGCUCGCAAUUGGGGACAUCACGCUCGCAAUGCUUUAGACGGCAGCCAGGAAAUCGAAACUCCGAUGCAGGAAGAGGCAGGACAAGUAAUACUGAACUUUCUAGAGAGAAGGGGGAACUUGGAGGCAGGGGUCCAAGCAUUAUUCGCUACGAAAACAUCGUGGGGUGGCGAUUCCCAUAAUAGCCAAGACUUUCCACGUGAGACUUCAGCACUUCAUCUAGCAGCAUAUUUCGGGAUUAAGUUCAUAUUCAAGGCUCUUCUUGAUACUGCUAAUGUCGAUCCUGAUAUCAAAGAUAGCGAUAGCCAGACGCCGCUACACUGGGCUGCUAGGAAUGGCCAUGAGGCUGUUGUGAGACUACUUCUUGAUAGUGGGGCUGAUCCCGAUAUCGAAGAUAUCUAUGGCCGGACGCCGCUACACUUGGCUGCUUGGAAUGGCCAUGAGGUUGUUACGAAACUACUUCUUGAUAAUGGGGCUGAUCCCGAUAUCAAAGAUUACUAUGACCAGACGCCGCUACACUGGGCCGCUAAGAAUGGCCACGAGGUUGUUAUGAAACUACUUCUUGAUAAUGGGGCUGAUCCCGAUGUCAAAGAUGACGAUGGCGAGACGCCGCUACACUGCGCUGCCAGUGAUGGCCAUGAGGCUGUUGUGAAACUUCUUCUUGAUAAUGGGGCUGAUCCCGAUAUCAAAGAUUACUAUGACCAGACGCCGCUACACUGGGCCGCUAAGAAUGGCCACGAGGUUGUUAUGAAACUACUUCUUGAUAAUGGGGCUGAUCCCGAUGUCAAAGAUGACGAUGGCGAGACGCCGCUACACUGCGCUGCCAGUGAUGGCCAUGAGGCUGUUGUGAAACUUCUUCUUGAUAAUGGGGCUGAUCCCGAUAUCAAAGAUAGCUAUGGCCCUGGCCAGACGCCGCUAUACUGGGCUGCUAAGAAUGGCCAUGAGGCUAUUGUGAAACUUCUUCUUGAUAAUGGGACUAAUCCCGAUAUCAAAGAUGAUAAUAGCUGGAUGCUGCUACGCUGGGCUGCUAGGAAUAACUAUGAGGUUGCUGUAAGACUUCUUCUUGAUCGUGGAACUGAUCCCAAUAUCAAAGAUGACAAUGGCCGGACACCACUACACUGGGCUGCUGAGAAUGGCCAUGAGGCUGUUGUGAAGCUUCUUCUUGAUCAUGGGACUGACCCUGAUAUCAAAGAUAGCUAUGACCCUGGCCAGACGCCGCUACACUGGGCUGCUAAGAAUGGCCAUGAGGCUAUUGUAAAGCUUCUUCUUGAUAAUGGGGCUGAUCCCAAUAUUAAAGAUAGCUAUGGCCGGCUGUUGAGAAUGGCCAGGAGGCUGUUGUGA